AUGGUGGGAUCAGAGUGGAAGAAUCAGGAACAGGGUGGAGGUGGGAAUGAUGAAGAAAUUCAAAUACAAGGGAGAAACCUGAGUGGGACCACAAGUGAUGAUGGCUCAGAGAGCCAGGCUCCUGCCGGAGAUGACCAGGGACAAUUAAGAGGUGAAAUUUAUGAAGAGAUCCAGGUACAAAGGCAAGAAAAUAAGAAUGAGUGUGGAGCUGAGGAUGUUGCAGAAUUCCAGGAUAUAGGAAGCCAGAAAAAGUGCACAGAUCGGGAUGUUGGAGGGCCCCGAGCACCAAGGGAAGGAAACAAGGACCUGGUCAGAGGAGAAGUUGCUGUGAGGGACAGUCUCCAAGUUGACUGUUCUGGGGGUGAGAGACCCAUAGGCAGGAAACACAAUCUACCAAGGCCCCCGGCCUUCACUGGCUCUGGACAUGGGACCAUGGAACAGGAACAGGCAGUGGUUAUGAAUAGUUUGAUCUCUGCUCCCUGUCCUGAGAUGGAUCCUCUCCCACACUGGGGUGAAGUCUUCUUGCUGGUGGGUGGGGAGGGAGAGCAUGUGGCCAGCCAGGGCACAACCCCUGCCAGUGAUCACAGAGUGGGGAUCAGUCCAGCCUCCCAGCAGGCCCAAUCUGAAUCCUGCAGAAGACGACAAAGGGACAAAGGGGUAGAUCAAGAGAAGGUCCCCAGCCUGACUCGGCAGCCCCGGAACCCUCCAUCUCUGACUACUCCCUUGGGCAUGCCCUCUGCCUGUCCCUGUGUGCUGUGUGGCCCAGACCUGGAAGCUGCCAUAACUCUGGUGGGUGCUCCCACUGCCCUCACUGUCCUGCCCAAGGGGACAGUCCUCAAGAAGAGCAAACAACUGCUCCUGGAGUCCCUGAUGCGGAGAAGGAUUGCACACCUGAAGUGGGGUCUUCCCCGGUGGAUCCUGGAGUCCUAUUUCCCGUUUAACUUCUUAGGAUCUUGCUCAUUGCCCCUUGCUGGGGCAAGGCUCCCUGGACUGAACACGGGCCAGGAGCCCCAAGCACAGCAGGAAAGGUAUUGUGAGGCCCAGGGCUCCCCACCAUCCCUUAAGUCCUCAGAGAGGUUCCAGAGGGUUCAGCGCCCAGACAGAAAAAGCUCGAAACUUCCUACACAAGCCAGAGCUCUGGAGAGGAACAGACCAUACAGGUCAGAGCUGAGGCAUUUCCAUCCAGCCUGAAAAGGCCAGGAGAGUCAGGCCACCAGAGGGCACCAGAGAACCACAGGAGAUCCAGAAAGCGCCUGACAGGACCCUCUGGCUCCCAGGACCCCCAGGCUGGCAGCGAGAUCCAGGAGCUGGUGUGGCCAACAAAGGGUCGGAGAGUCUCCCAGUGAGAACAGCAGGGGUUGGAAAAUGAUCAGGCCAGGGGUCUCCAAGCUGGCAGAGAGGGCUCCCAGCAGAGUGAGGACCUUAUCCUCCAGGCCAGACUACGCCCACUGAGGAAGGAGUGUACAUCCUGGGAGGCCUCUAAGCCCCCCAGACUCAAAUGCCAGCAACCCCCAUACUGGAGAAGAGGAAGCCUGGAACCUACAGGGUGCAGAGGGGCUGGGCAGCAGCCUUCCUGCCAUUCUGCAGAACCUGUCAGCUUCAAAGGGAGGCUCCACUCUGAGGGGACAAAGCUGAGCCUGACCCUUCUGAACAAGAUGUCCUGGUCUCCACAGCUUGCCAAGUGCAAGCACUCAGCCCCUAACCUGAUCCUGAGGGAACCUGAUUAUACUCUGCUUCCCAAAGUGGGUAAUCCAUGUGCAGAGGAGGACAGGAUUGGAGACCAAACUGCUUCACAGAGGGAUCUUCAGCCACGAAGUCACUGCUGUACUGGAGCCACCCUUCCUAAGACAGAGAGAUCACAACCCAAAUGGGGCUCCACAGAAUACACCAGGCUCCAAAAAGUUUGAUUUUAUGAAGCAUCUGAGAUUUUUUCUCUUUCAGCAUGGCUUUAAAAAGUAGACUCAGGCCCAGAGUCCUCAGGACAUGUUAGAAAAGGUUUGAGACUGUCCUGAUCUCCACAAAGCCUCUAAUAAAUUGGUCAUUUGGGCC